AUGCUAAACUUAACUUCCAACCAUUUGAUUCAACAACGGGCUGUACUGUUAUCAACUGGCACAAUACAUCCGGAAAAAAUAAACACUCCUUGGUAUUUGGAAGGUGGUACAAGUUUACAUUUAUCCGGCUUCCCACCUAUUGAGGUUCCAUUCAGUUGGAACAUUAAAGCUACACGGUAUCUCGAUUUCAUCAAAAAGGGUGGAAUAUGUUUGGAAAUCAAUCCCUUGGCCGAAGAAACAAUAACAGAAAUAGGACUAGUACGAAAUUUGAGCAACUCAGAAACAUUACUGAUGGACGUGUGUCCCCAAUGCAAAGGGCCUAUAUUAUACAGCUCUAUUUCCCAUGAUUCAUGGCGAUUUAUAUCUUAUUUGGGCGUCACUAUACAAGAUUGUAUUAAUGUUGGAGUAGAACUGCUUGUGCAGGCUUCUACUUUAAUUGAGAGCUUUACUAAGGUUUGUUUUGAGUUUAAUUUAAUGGAUACUGGAUUUAUAGGCGGCUUCAUCAGUAGCCAGCUAACUUGGGCAGUUCUAACUAGAAACUUUUGGGGCGUUGACCCAAAUGUUGAUACUUUUGAAAAAUUUGUUGCAACUGAAAGGUUUAACCUGACAGAAAUACUGUUGCUAAACGAUGCCAGCCGUCCGUAUUUUUCGGCUAUAGUAGGUAUAUUCAUAUCAAUCGUAAGCUAUACAGGUACUCCUCUGUCGAUACUGAAAAUGAUGGGUUUUUCAAUGAAAUUAGCUCGUCAAAUUCUCUAUCGGCUAUCUUUCAAUUUGGGAUACAUGCGUUUAGUUUGCGACUAUUUCCCUGACAAUGGGCAUGAACAUAAGGCUUUUAAAGACUAUCCUCUUACUGAAAUGUUGAAAGCUUCCUUCACAGAGGACUAUAAAAAGUACUUAGCAGCUUAUCCAAAUACCCCUUUGGUUGAUUCCAUUCAACCAUUUGAUAUCUACUCAAGCCCAGGUAUUGCUGGGUAUUCAAUAUUGGGGAUGUUUACUAUUGGAAAAUUACUUGAAAAAUGCAAACCUUUCAUUAGGACCCUUUACAUGCUUUUCAAAAGAUUUAAACUAACUCCAAUUCAUGUUGAGUUUUUAAUUGAGUAUAGCGGUUUAGAGGUUACGUUUUUCCUAAAAGAGUGUCUUGAAUUUUUCUAUUACUGGUACGACUUUCAAAUUGCUAAAUCUUAUGUUCCAAUCAAGUAUAAGACCGAAAAAGCAUCCGAAGAUGAAGGAUUAUAUAAUUAA